GCACGGUUCAGAGCCUCGCGCGGCGCUUUCACAACCCGUGUUCUUUGACAACUGCAUCACGGAGAAUGGCUCCUGUGUUAUCUGUGUAUUCUUUUACUUUGCGUAAAAAAAAUGUGACUGUCACUUCGUGGUGAAAAUCUAAGAUGUAGAAGUACAUUUGCUGUCGUGUCCAGUGGCCUAACAGUUUAGUGCCCUCAUUUCUUAGGCUACACUACCAUUUCGACUGAGUGGGUGUAAGAGGUGAAGGUGGAAACAUGACUCUAAUGGGUCUUUCUCUGUUUGUACACAGAAACUGGAAAAGGCGGACCACCCUGUUUAGGGCAGUGCCUUAGUCCCUGGGGAUAUACAGUGACAAGGAUUUCCUCAUCCCCACUUGAACAGCUGAUGUGCUUCAUGUUACAGCACUCUCGUCGACACGAAUAUGUCUACCACUUCACAGAAGCACCGGGACUUUGUUGCCGAACCAAUGGGUGACAAACCGGUAAAUGCCCUGUCAGGAAUAGGAGAGGUACUGGGAAAGAAACUUGAAGAUCAAGGCUUUGACAAAGCGUUUGUGGUGCUGGGCCAGUUCUUGCUGCUGAGAAAGGAUGUAGAGCUGUUUACAGAGUGGCUGAAGGACACGAGUGGGGCCAACUCCAGACAAGCUGCUUCCUGUUCCCAGUGCCUGAGGGAGUGGUGUGAUGCCUUCCUAUAGGGACAGGACCCCUGUACCAAGCUGAUCAUUAUUGUGGAAAACAAAUAUCGUACAAUGUACAAUGAUUAAGGUGGAUCAUUUAGAUGAUUAUUUAGAGUUGGCCUGUUUCAAGUCAUGACUGACAUGAAUGGUGUUUGACCUGACUAAUUGGUCCCAUAAUUCCAUUGUUUUUAUAAAAUUGUUGUUGAAUUAAAAGACUAAUAUUAAAGUGUUGAUGCU